AUGACAACGGUGAAGCCAGGAGAGUCUCAUGCAGGAGUUCCACCCGUAUCCAUUGAAAACACUCGUCCUGCAAUAUCGCCGCCGAUUCCAUUCAAUGUGCCUGAUGAUAAUUCGAUCUCUGGCAACAUCAGCCUCUUCCACGAUGUUCAAGCAAUCAGAUAUGAUGUCGAUUCUCUUUUCAAUGUUCUGUCUGACAUUGUUAUUAGCACCUCAACCAUUUCUCUUGACCUUCAGCAAGUGACCCUCGAUCUUGGGCCAAACAAGGUUCCUCAAGUUGCUCUCCAGCCAGCUUACAGCCUUCUCAGCGAGAUUGCUUGUCAGAUGACAUGCCACUCGUUCAACGCAUCAAAUGUGCACGACUCAGUGGUGAAAGUUCUUCAGAAGCUGAGGAAUUACACAUGGAAUGCUAAAGCAGUGAUAGCACUCUCUGUUUUUGCUUUGAACUAUGGAAAGCCAUUACGACUGACAGUGGCACAGGAAACGAGCCAGAAGCAGAACGCGCUUGAGCUGCAUGUGUUCACGCUUGCAAAAGAUGGGAUUCUGCCCACUCAAUCGGUUUCAAAUGAUACAAGCAAUUUGGUUAAAAUUACACUGGAACUCAUAAAGGGGAUCAUCACAUUGGAUGAGCUCAUAAAGGGGAUCAUCACAUUGGAUGAGCUCUUUGCAAAGAGAUCAUCAUACACUCUAAAGUAUUUUGCAACUCUCCGCAACGAUCUUCGUGCUCUUUGCGCUUAUUGGGCAAUUUUCUCCCUUUUUGCUUGUGCUAAACAAACGAAAAGGGAGGAGAUCCAGUAUUCUUGGAUUCUUCACAAACUCAAUGUUAUUCUGGUUCAAUUGAAAAGUUAUUUGGAGGAAAUCAGAAGAGGUUACGUUAUCUUCACACAUACUAUAUAA